UCCAGGUGUUGAUCCAGAUUCCUGAGUCUUGUUUUCUCUCAAAAGUAAAUAACAUGCAAAAAGUUAAAGUUCUCAUGUUAGGACCCUGUGAGAGUGGCAAGACUGUUCUGUCUAACUUUUUCGCUGAAGCUACCGAAACAUCUGGUGGAGAUUACCAUCCAACCCAAGGAGUGAGAAUCCUUGAAUUUGAGGCAACAGCAAAUGCUGGGAAUAAAGCUGUUCCUAUGGAAGUUGAACUGUGGGAUUGCAGUGGAGACAAGAAGUUUGAGGCUUGCUGGCCAGCCAUAGCCCGAGACUCGGUGGGAGCGGUGUUUGUAUACAACCCAGACCAAGCCAGUCAUGGCAGACAGUUAGAUAUGUGGUAUAGCUACUUUGUGGAGCAGCAGGGCCUCCGAGACUUCCAGUGUUGUGUGCUGGCCCACCAAAAACCAAACACUCCAGACCACGAGGCAGCAGAGAUCCCACCCAGUCUGAGUAAGGUGCCUGUGAUCCACACGAACAUUGAGGAGGAUGCCGAGGCAGUCCAGAAGGAGUUCAGUAAAUACCUCGGCAAACUCGUGUCGGCCAUGUCAGACCGGCAGGAGCAGGAGGAGCUCAGCAUCAUGAGCAGCCACUGACAUUGACCUUGACCCCUGGCGUGUCUCAUUUAUUUAUGUCCAUUAUUA